UGGCAUGAACGCGCUGGCAUCGUUCUUCAGUUGUUACAAAAGGUGCUUCACGUUAAAUCGAUCUAUCAGAGACUUCUUCACACGGAUUCCUACUACUACUACAAUUCCUUGGUGAUAUUAUAGACCUAGUCUUCGUUUUUAUAGGGAUCAUAGCUAAACACACCGGUACGUACCUUGUUUAUUGUAUAAGUAAGUGGUUUCGAUGGGUGGCCACGCGAGGAUUUCCUCCCUACCUGUCAUUCUGGUGUGUGUGUUCGUGAACCUGGUAUUGACAUUAUGCGCCGAAAUAAAUUUAGGCUCUGCGAGCCAAGACUCAAUACAAAAACGUGAUACAAACUCUAUAGCCGCCCUUGAAACUGGUCGUGAACGAAGGAGCCUUAAUUCAAAAACAAACAGUAUAAAAAGUGCCAAAGCCGCCUUGGGGGAGCAUGUAUUAAAAAGGAGAAGCUUAGAAAAUGUUGAAGAUACCAGUUUCUUGGAUAAGCGUGCUGAAAAUGCGUCUCCAUUGAAGAGACAGGUUGAUAGGUUGUUAGGACGGGACAAGAGAGAUGUCGACAAAAACCGGUUUGCUGGUGGGCUCGGAAAACGACUUGAUUCAAUGAUGUAUGACGUUGGACUCGGAAAGAAACUCGACCCGAUGAUGUUCUCCGGCGGACUAGGCAAAAAGCUUGACCCCAUGAUGUUCUCUGGUGGCUUAGGAAAGAAAUUAGACCCAAUGAUGUUCUCAGGAGGACUCGGCAAGAAGUUGGACCCCAUGAUGUUUUCCGGUGGUUUGGGAAAGAAAUUGGACCCCAUGAUGUUCUCCGGUGGUUUAGGAAAGAAAUUGGACCCCAUGAUGUUCUCCGGUGGUUUAGGAAAGAAAUUGGAUCCGAUGAUGUUCUCCGGUGGUUUGGGAAAGAAAUUGGAUCCGAUGAUGUUCUCCGGCGGCCUCGGCAAACGGGUUGACUCAAUGCGGUAUUCUGGAAGUCUUGGAAAACGUUAUGACCAAAUGAUGUUUUCCGGCGGUCUUCGAAAACGUCUUGACCGCUUGAUGUACGGUGGUGGGUUGGAUGAGACUAAGAAGAGGGUGGACUCAAUGAAAUUUGGAGGUGGACUCGGUAAAAGGCUCGACUCCAUGAUGUUUGGAGGCGGUCUAGGCAAAAGGGAUGUCGGCGUCGACAAAUUUAGGUUUGGAGGUGGAUUGGGGAAGCGCGUCGAUCCGAUGAUGUUCUCUGGUGGCCUCGGAAAGAGGUCGAAAAGGUUUGACCCGAUGAUGUUCAGCGGAGGAUUAGGAAAACGGGACAAAGACAAACGAGUCGACUCAAUGCGCUUCGCAGGAGGAUUAGGAAAACGCAACGAUGAUAAGCGAGUCGACUCGAUGCGCUUCGCAGGGGGAUUAGGUAAACGCGAUGAUGACAAGCGAGUCGACUCAAUGCGCUUCGCAGGAGGAUUAGGAAAACGCAACGAUGAUAAGCGAGUCGACUCGAUGCGCUUCGCAGGGGGAUUAGGAAAACGCGAUGACGACAAGCGAGUCGACUCAAUGCGCUUCGCAGGAGGAUUAGGAAAACGCGACGAUGAUAAGCGAGUCGACUCAAUGCGCUUCUCAGGAGGAUUAGGAAAACGCGACGAUGACAAACGAGUCGACUCAAUGCGCUUCGCAGGAGGAUUAGGAAAACGCGACGAUGAUAAGCGAGUCGACUCAAUGCGCUUCGCAGGAGGAUUAGGAAAACGCGACGAUGACAAACGAGUCGACUCAAUGCGCUUCGCAGGAGGAUUAGGAAAACGUGAUGAUAAACGGGUGGAUUCCAUGCGAUUCGCUGGCGGGCUCGGAAAACGGUUGGAUUCCAUGCGGUUCGCAGGAGGCUUAGGCAAACGAGAUGGAGACAAGCGAGUGGACCCGAUGAUGUUCAGUGGCGGUUUGGGCAAGCGAAACCAAGGCAGUCUGCAGUCAGAGUCAAGUUUCUCUGAGGAAUCAAAAAGUUCAGAAGAGGAAUCAUAGAGAAAUGAUUCCAGUCUGGAGCCAGGUUCGCGUUCCAGCGAGAAACAGUUUCCAUGGAAAUUGGACAUAUAGAACAAAAUGAAACACCUAGAUCAUUAAAAAAACAUCCUCUAGCACAAAGCAUGACAAAUCAUCCUCUUCUGACCUUGGAUUUAAAAGGAAGUCCGCCCUAACUAUUUUGUUGCAUUGUUGCAGUGCUUUGGCCGGAAUUUCUCACAACGCUUCUUGAUGUUGGUAGCCUAGCUCAAUUUACUUUCACCGUCAAAACGGUCGAAAGCCGGGAAAAUGGACAGAAAAAUGUCGGUUUUCUACAAUUUCUGGAAACCUGGUAGCUCGGAUACCAACACUUCAUCAUGAACUCUGCGGGAAGGUGUUUACAGUGAACGUCUGUUGAUUGAACCAAAGGUUUAUCUCCAACAAAUUAAAACUGACCAAUUUCAAAACUAAUUGUAAACACCACGAUACUCGAAAUAUCUAUAGGAGUACUUGAUCAAUCGAGUUAAAUGGUACUCGGCCCUCAUGUCGAUUACUUCGUAUCUACUUUAUAGCCAUAUCAAAUCAAAUUAUAUGAGGCCUCAAAAACGUCGCAUUUGUAUUUAUUUUUAAGAACAUUUCAGCCAAUGGCCAAAAUGUUCGCAAAUGUUGAGGAUGACCUGUUGGUUUCAUUACAUGUAACAAUUCUAUGGUUGAAUCUACGACUAUUCCCAUUAAAGUGGUGUAUCUUGACUUAAUCUAUUGUAAAUGAAUCCAAAACCAUUACAAAUCUCUACUAACUUGGCGACACUGAGAGAUAUUAUUUUUCACUUCUAGACGCCUCGAACGGAUCAGCGAGACACUAUACUAGUACUCACUUAUUUUCUAUAGGUUUACAUGACAGUAAACUUUAGUAGUCUCUCAGAGGACGCUUUAGUCGAGAUUCAUAGUGGUGUUUUAAUUUAUCAAAAGGACACUCUGUCCUCAGGGGAUUAUUCUAUAGGUUUUCAUUCAUUUUUGCCAUUAAUAGUAAAUGUGUCAAUUUUUAAUAAACCGCCAACAUGUGAUUUGGAAAAUAGAUAUAAUGACGCGCAAAUUGUUAUAUAUACCCAAUAAAUCGCCAAUGAUCAUGAUGAAAUGUAGAUGAAGGUAUAUAUGUUCUGUAUAUAUAAACUGUGUCGACGCAUUUAAGCCGACUUGGGCGCGUCUGUUUACGCAGAGGCCUAUACAUGCUUCCCGAAAUUGGUGGCUUGCAUUGGAACUAACUUUUUCCCCCUUGUCCGUCAUUAAAGGCAUUUAAGUGUGUUGGUCAUCCAUGACUAUCUCCUUUGUCCCUCCACCAUAAGGCCUAGUUUCCCCUUAUGACAUCACUAUUUCGGACACUCAGAGCCCCAUUUCUGGAAAGGUGUCUAGUAUCCUGAAUGUUCGCUAAUGGCAUCUUGUGACGCGCCACACACAAAAUGAACCUGACGAUCCCACUGGUGGUUGCGAAAGGAGCAUGCUAUGGAAACAAUGGGUACAACGGCGCCCUCCAACACAAUUAUAAGGAAGCAGCCAAUGGAUACGCACCCCAUACAAGCGAAGACCAAUCAAGAAAAAACGUCAUAAGCUGCGCAGCCAUACAAGUAAAAUUCAUGUUAGGCCUUUGUAUUUAAUUGCGACGACACAGUAUAUUGGUUCAGCAGGGAGGAAAUGGAAAAUCUUCGAAAAAAAGACAAUCGGACUGCCGCACCAAUGAAAAUGUAACAGCCACUCUACUUUAUUGGUUGACUUUAUUGAGGCAAAUAUCAAUCGCCAUAAUUUUGAACAAAAGUUUGUUUUUUUUCACUUUUCAGUUGAAGAGCUUUCGGAAUGCAAAGUGCUUAACACUUUUAAUGAGUAUAAAGUUAUCAGCACUUCAAGAUUGCUCUAUGGCAGGGAUUUCUCCAGCGACAGGCGGUAUAAAUCAUGGCGGUGGUUGAAUCUUUCCGAAUUUAUUGCCUAUUCACAGUUUACCACAGCAGCAUGAUGCGAAUGGAUAUGAAGCAUGUUGCAUUCAAGCUUUUCAAUCACUAGUAUUCCACCUAAAACUUCAUAUUUGACCACACGGUGGUUACAAUCCAAGAUUGUAGGUUUCAAACAAUAGAAGAAGGGGAACAGACUGUAUCAGUCCAGGUGCGUCCCUGAAAGAAGCAGCUUAAAUGUUGCUUCUUUUCCUGGCCAGCUUUAUGAAAUACAUCUGUUCCAGGGUGAAUAAUAAAUUAUUUUCAUGGAAUACACCUGA